AUGCUUCCUUGGUUAGUUAUUCCAUUAAUAGGACUAUGGGCUCUCUCUCAGCUUCUACCACCAGCCUUUCGAUUUGAGAUAACUUCGCCCAGACUCGCUUGUGUUUUUGUGCUCUUGGUUACUCUCUUCUGGUAUGAGAUUUUGAUGCCUCAGCUUUCGGCUUGGCGGGUGCGGAGGAAUGCAAGGCUUAGGGAGAGGAAGAGGUCUGAGGCAAUAGAAUUGCAAAAGCUGAGGAAAACAGCAACCAGGCGGUGUCGGAACUGCUUGACUCCGUAUAGGGAUCAGAAUCCUGGUGGUGGUCGAUUUAUGUGUUCGUAUUGUGGACAUAUAUCAAAAAGACCGGUUCUUGACUUACCUGUGCUACCGGGGAUGGGACUUUCGAAUUCCGGGAUUAUCAAGGAAUUAGUUGGAAAAGGUGGAAAAAUAUUGAAUGGUAAGGUGUGGUCUGAAAAUGGGUGGAUGUGUGGCCAAGAUUGGUUGGAGAAUGGCAAUUGGGUCAGUGGUUCUAUUGCAGGGAAGUCUAGCUAUUGGAGGAAGGACGGGAGCAGUGUUUUUGGAGGGGAUGAGAAUUGUUUGGCUGAGAAGUCUUAUUCAGGUGUUGUUAUUUUUGCGUGCAAGCUACUGACGUCUUUCUUCUUGAGUGUUAGAUGGCUUUGGAGAAAGGUUUUUAGGAUUAGUACUUCAGGGGAAGAUGAUGCAUCUGAUGAGCAUAAAGGUAUGUUGGCCAAGAGGGGCGAAAAUGGGACCAACUUGAAUGAGAGUAGAGGAGAAAAAGCUCGCAGAAAAGCUGAAGAGAAGAGACAGGCUAGGAUAGAGAAGGAGCUUUUAGAGGAGGAAGAGAGAAAGCAGAGGGAGGAAGUUGCAAGGUUGGUGGAGGAACGUAGGAGACUUAGGGAUGAGAAAAAUGAAGCAGAAAGGGAUCAUGGGAAAACAUCACCACCUGCUAGGGAGAAAGAUAACAAGAAGGAAGCAGAAAAGAAACGGCAGGAAAGAAGGAAAGAGAAAGACAAGGGUUCUAGCAAGAGCAAUUCUGAUGUAGAAGAGCUGGAAAAGAGAGCAGGUAAGGAAAGUGAACGGAAGCGGGACUUUGACAAGAAGAGUGACAUUGAUCGCCGGGAACAUCUGAAAUCCGGGGUAGAUUUUCUGAAGGGACAAAGCACAGAGACAGCCCAUAGUAUAAAAAAUGCAUCUGCAACCAAUUUUGAUAGGGGAAAUGCUGGAUCUAGGUACCUGGACCGUAUGAGGGGUACAAUUUUUAAUUCUUCAAAGGCAUUUAGCGGAGGUAGUUUCUUUGGAAAGGGUGCUAAUACUACAGUGACAAAAGAAACCAAACCUAGCAUUUCUGCAGAUCAAGUCCAUAGUCAUGCCCAUAAGAGGGAUUUAUGUCCACCUGACCGUGUAGCUGCGAGACCUCUUAUGAAUGGAGAUGAUAAGAGCAUCCACCGCCCUGUUAACUCAGAACCACAGCCAGGGACUGCACCUAAAAAAUCAUGGCAGCAAUUGUUUACUCGGUCAUCGUCUGUGCCUUCAUCCUCAAGUGCAAAUGUAAUAAGUAGGCCAAAUUCAAAGUUCCAAACAGAAGUUCAAAGUCCUCAAUUAUCUGGUCAGUCGUCGUCAAUGCAAUCGUUUGAUAAUCCAAUCAAUUUUGGGCUGCCAUCUCCAUUCACUCUAUCUACUACCUAUCCAAAAGGAUCCUCUACCAGUUUAGGUUUUUCCCCUGCAAUUGAACCCAUGUUCCCUCGCAUUGGAGAAGGGCAUCAUGAACUUAUACCUGAGGAGCCAGAGCUUUUUGAAGACCCAUGUUAUGUCCCUGAUCCAGUAUCCUUGCUUGGGCCCGUUUCUGAGUCACUUGAUAAUUUUCAAUUGGACAUGGGUGCUGGCUUUGUGAAAGAUAUGGGAUUGGAGAGGCCUCGCACAUUGAAGAAUGGAUCUGCUUCUUCUGAAGUCAACAAGCCAUCUCCUAUUGAGUCACCGAUGUCACGAGAAAAGCAUAAUAAUUCUAAUCGCUUCCCAAGUACCCCAAAGGCUCAGGAUAUGCAUGCUUUACCCCUAGAUGAUGCAAAUGCAAAUGAUAAGGGAACAUGGCAAAUGUGGAACAGUUGUCCUCUUGGUCAGGAAGGUCUAGGUUUUGCAGGUGGACCAUCGAGCUGGCUUCUACCUCCAGAACUGAACAGAUCUAACAAGGAUGAUCUUAUGCACCCUUCGUCCCAGAAACCAAUGGUGUCACUAUUUGCAACAGAAGAUCAGGGUAUUUCUGGCUCUCACUCUCCGCAGAGUCGGAGCAUCUUUCUUGGUAAUGGCCAGAAUGGUGGAGCGUUUAGCCCUGUUACUGGUUCCAGUGAUCAUGAUCCUUGGUCACAGAAAGCGUUUUUUCCACCCUUGUCAACUGCUGAAAACCAUUAUCCUCUCAAACCUCCAGACGAAACUACUAAGAAUGAUCUGAUUUUUGGGAGUCCCAGAAGAUCUACCACCAACCAUCCAUUUGAGAUGUCUCCAGCAAACUGUUGGUCCAAAAAGGAAUGGGAUGAAUGCGUAGCAGGUCAGGGCACAGGGGAAGGUGUUGGAAAGCCAUCUGUGUUGAGGCCUCAUAUCAGGGGACUAUAUCCCACCCCAGAUGUACAGUCGCUUUGGUGA